AUGCCACCAAGCAAUGGCAAAUCCUACAGACGGGCUCAUGUAGCCUGUAUGGCAUGUAAAGCUCGCAAAGUCAGGUGUACCGUGACUUUGUCUGGACCACCUUGCGCUAAUUGCAUCGUUGACAACGUCCCUUGCGAAAUCCAGACCCGUAAGCGGCGACGAAACGGGGAUAUUCUGUCCCGCUCAUCUGAUGUGGGAACACCAGACAGCCCAUUACCAUUAGAACAGAGCCCCUCGUCGCCCACACCCCUCGUUUCACAUAGCGGGAACCUUAGCCAGGUCAACCACGCUGCAGCAGGAGACCACGAGCCUCGUCAGUGGGCCUCGCUAUCUGACAGUGACAGACACACUCCUCUAGGACAACCCCAAUCGGCUCAGAAUUCUUCCUCUGCUGCAGUUUCCCGAGAAGUCAUUUUCGUUGGCAACAGCACAAAUGAUCACGAAAAUGAUGUAGUUCCAGACACAGAUCUUGAUGAAUGUAGACAGACCGAAAUCGUUAGUUCAAGGGCUUCAACACCUGUUGCUAAUGCCACAUCAGCAUGGGCUGAAACACUUGAACAGCGUGAAAGUAGCGACAGUCGGGUGCCGUUUUACCCAGACUAUCUUCUACCGGAAGAAGUAGAAUACCUUCGUUUCAAAGGUUGCUUUUCUUUACCACCUCAAUCGCUAAGAGAAGCUCUUCUUCGAGCCUAUUUCCAUCAUUCGCAUCCUUUUGAACCAGUCUUGGAUUCUCAAGACUUUUUCAACAAUUACAGUAAAGGCAAUGUCAGCUUGUUGCUCCUAUGGAACAUAUUUAUGUGCGCCGCAAGCUUUGUUGACAACGAUCUAUUUUCGGCAAACUUUUACGACUCCCAACUAGCUUUCAAGCGAACCGCUUUCCAACGAGCAAAGGCUUUGUACGACGCGGAUUAUGAGAAGAACAAAAUUACACUCAUUCAAUCCGUGUUUCUUAUGGGACACUUCUACGCUAAUGCUGAAGAUCGCAUGGGUCCUUGGCACUGGAAUGGAAUCGCCAUUAGCCUGUCUCAUACCAUCGGCCUCCAUAUGUUAACAUCCCCAGCGCGAGACGGCAUUCCACCUUUGUGGCGCCGUGUAUGGUGGUGCAUCUACUACCGUGAGGUUUGGCUAUCGAUGGGUCAAGGUCGGCCAAUGCGAAUAUCGCUUGAUCAUUGCUCCACUCCCAUGCUUGGAUCAUAUGAUACAAGUCCUGGCUCUUCCCCGGAGUUCGAACACUACUUACCUGAACAGCUUGGCACAUUGCUAGGGAUGUGGUUGAAACUAAUUGGCGUAACGAGGGUCAUGGGAGAGAUAUUGUCAAACAACUAUGCCAUAAGGGGAACAAGACCCUCUAGAGCCGUCAUUGAGAGAUAUGAGAACGAGAUUCAUGCUAAUUGGUAUCCAGAUGGAAACAGAGACCAGAGUCCAGUUUUGUUAUCCCAUUUGUAUCAAUUACGGCUCCAGACUCAACUAACAAGUCGAAGAGCGGCCAUCAUAGCUCUUUACCGUCCAUUUCUCCAUGAGUCACCCGAUGGAGUUCCAGUAGAGGAACAUGAUGCUUGGAAGACGCUUGUGAACAACAAGCUUCGGACGGCAGCUUCUCACGCGACCCAUGCCGUCAAUUGUAUGAUGGCGGAGGGUCUAAUCAAGUUUUCUCAAAGCAUCAGUGUCCUUGCCAUUAUUCCUCCAGUCCAAGUACAUCUGCUUGAAAUGGCAACGUCAAAGUCAUCAUCAUCUACCCAACUGGCAAAGCACAACUUGGCACUAUGCCUAUUAGCUCUAGAUGAGAUGCGAAAGACUUAUGUCUCUGCUGACGCAGCAUACAAGCUAUUCGAUCGCGCCAGAGCCAUGAUCGAGAAAACACGGCAAGAAGCUGAGGUUGGUCUACGAGAUUCGACUAUUUCGCCGGAAAGACAAGGAAUUGAGACUGCACAAUGGCUUGAUGAUUCCGCGGGCUAUGAUUUGACAUCGGCAGGGGUCUUAUCAUCUCUGUGGGCGCCGUUCGCCAAUAUCAUUCCCGAUGAUUUCUCAGGAUAUUCCUCCUAG